ACACCAAGAAGUCCACGCCCACAGGUCAAUCAGAUUCAGGUUCGGAAAUCUUACUCUGACACUAGACAGCUGAAUCGACUGCAGUCUCCUGUCCUUACAGACAUUAUCCUGUGAGAUAUAAGACUCACCAUGUAUGCAGUUGUUACUCUGCUGGACUCAGAUGAGGUGAUGGUGGCACCAUCACAUUGGUUGAUCCUAGACAAGAAACAAUGUUACUGGCCCCCAUUCAAAUCAACAGAGAAGUGCAUGGAAGCUGUUCAGAACAGAAUUACAGCUGAAACAGGAGGGAAACCAUGGGAUAAAUUAAAUAUUAGCUUUCACAAAGAAUAUGUCACUUUCGAUAAGGCAAAAGAGGAGCAAAAAAAUAUUGAAGAACAGAAAGAACGGCAAUAUCUAUUAGCUACUGGAUUCUCUCCAAUACUAAAAAGACAAAGACUUGAAAGCACUCAAAGAAUGUCAAAACACCAACUUACUCCUGCAUCACCUUCAUCUACGUCCAGAAUGUCAUCUGAUGACAAGAAUGAGCUCCUCCAAAUGAUGAGAGACAUCAAGAGCACAGUUCAGGAAAACUCUGCUAUGUUAAAGAAACUACUCAAAGACAAUACAGUUCCCGAGGUCCCCAGCAGUAUUUGCGUUCCACCUAAGGAAGUUAAAACAAGCCUAAAUCUGCCUCUUAGAACCUUUGAUGAUAUAGAAAGAACUGAGAGGGAGCUCAAUACCACAACAGCACGCAAAAAAUAUGUAAACUAUUUGUCAGGACUUGGAGGUUUUGGAAACAGGGAUGUGAUUAAGAAUAUCAUGCAACAUGUCCUAACAGAUGAUCUGGCUAAGGAAUUCAACUGGCAGGGAAGAGGGGGAAAGAAACCCUUCUCUCAGCUGAUUUUAGCAGAUGUGAUCAGAGAGGCUGCAUUCAAACGAAAUGUAAUCAGGCUCGACUGUGAAACUGAAAUAAAAAAAUAUCUGAGUUACACAGCUGAUCGACUCAGUCGGAAGAGACCAAGAGAACAAGAAGGUCCUGGGCAUGAGUUCCCAAAUGUGAUUCCCACACUGAUGGACAACCAGCCAGAGAUGUCUUGGGAUUUGUUGGACUACUGAGCAUUUGAUCAUGAAUCACAGGUCAUGCAGACACAAUUACAUAUGAACCAUAUUUUACGAAGUACUAUAUGUUAUUUUAAAUUAUUUUAUUUUAUUUUUUUAUUAUUUCAAAUUGUGUUUAUAUCCUUUUCCUCAAUCUUUAUCUAACUGUAUAAAAUAAUCAAAUAUUGAAAAAUCUGUUUCCCUGUGACAUUACUGCAUGAACUGCCAUGUUUUUCAGAUGUGUGAGUUGUGGCAUUUGCAUGUUUGUUUGAGCCAAUAAACUUUACUUCCUCAAUAUUAAAACAAAAACUUAAACAUUUUGUGAAUAACUUUUUAGGCUAUAUCU